AUUAUCGUAUCUAAAACGGGGUGGAACAGGAACCCUGAGAAGACUUGUGCCUAACCUGAGUAAGUUAUACAAACUUGUCCUUUUUUAGACAACAUUAUGUUAUCCUUGAAAAAAACGUGGAAAGCAAUUGCUUCUGCAGUCGUGUGUUCUAUAUUAUACAUUUUACAAGCUGUGUACCUAAACUAUAUCCUCAUAACCCAUAAAAAAUUGUGGUAUAUAACUUUAGUUCCUGAUUGUUUAACUUUGAUACUAGUUUUGCUUGCAUUAGAUGAAAAUGUAGAUCUGCUUAAGGGUAUCUUCCAACAAUCAAACAUUGUACUUGUGCUAGCAGGAUCAUCAGCUAUUUUUGUACUUUACUCAACCGCCGUCCUAAAAUAUGAAGAUUUGGUAUUUUCAGGCGCAAUUGAUAUGAUUGAUGGAACUAUAAACUUAAACUUUCUUCUUGAAGGGUCCAACUAUAUGUUAUCUUUUCGUCAGGCAAACGCAGUUCUUGCUAUAGCUUGCGUUACUUUAAUUUUACCAGUUUUUCAUUUACUUCUUCUUGGAAAAAGUUCAAGAACAGCUACAAUACUUACAGCCGUUUACAAUUUGGUUUUAAACAUACCAAUAUUCAUCCAGAGGAUUAUUCUAUUCCAUCAGGGAUUUGGUGCCCUUAGCGUCUUCGUUUUUAAAAAUAUUAUACAAAUCGGAAAAAAUUUGCUUCACGUUAUCGAAGAGAUCUAUGAUCUUUGUUAUAAGAGAGACCGUAGAAUGACCGAAAAUUCUGAAACACAAAACGUUGAAGAGGAAUACGAAGAGGAAUUAGUUCUUGUUAAAAUUGAAGGGGUUUUGGACGGCUUUGAGUGGAAUUUAGACAGCUUAAAAAAUUGUUUCAUAAGAAUUCUAGGAAUCGAAACAGACAGACCUUAUUUACAAGCUAAGACUGUUAAUUUGUUGAAUGAUUUUCAAUCUGAAGAAGUUUGCUUACAAAUAGAAGAUAUAGAUAUCUUAAAAGAUCACUGCUAUGCAGCCGGUCUACUCUUAGGAUUUCCAAUCGUUUACAAAACGGGGGAUGAUAUUAUUGCAGCUACAAAGACUCUUGAAGACAUUCCUUUAAAAGUUGUACAAAUCAAUGUUAGUUUAUUCGCAAGAAGACGAUGUGAAAGCAAAACUGAAGUUAAAAAUCAUAAACUGUGCUCUUUUUCCUUUCCAAAUGAGAAGAAAUAUUCAAUUUAUCUUAAAAAUUGGUGGGAAAAUGAAAAAUUGAGAAUUUUACAAAAACCGGGUGUUCAUAAUGUUGAAAUGACUGAAAAAGUAGUCACUCUUUCGAGUAUUGUUCUUUAA